CAGAGGAGGAAGAAGAAGAUAAGGAAGGAUUCAUUCAUUCAUUCAUGUCCCCAGCAAACAGUUAGUCUUCUCUUCUCUUCUCUCUCAAAAAGCAGCAGCAAUAAAAAUGCUAUCUUUAAACACUCCCAAGCCUUUCUCCACUCCAUUCCUGAGUCACCCAGCUCAAGUUCAACCACCUCCACUCCGCCACAAUUUCAUCCCCCGUCGCCAUCAACCCAUCUCCGCCGCCAUUACUCCUUCCCGUCCCAACCCAUCCCAAUCAAAACUAAACCUCUACCAGCCCUUCCGCCCACCAGUCUCUCCCCUCCCACCCAAAUUCCGUAACCUCAACACCGACGGUCAACUCGAAAUCCUAACUAAUCGACUAGGCCUCUGGUUCGAAUUCGCCCCCCUGAUUUCAACUCUCAUCCGCGAAGGCUUCACGUCAACCCUCCUCGAAGAAAUCACCGGCAUCAGCGCCAUCGAACAGAACCGCAUCGUCGUCGCCGCUCAGGUCCACGAUUCCCUAAUCCAGUCAAACCUCGACCCCGACAUCCUCUCCUUCUUCGAAAACGGCGGCGCAGAGCUCCUCUACGAAAUCCGUCUCCUCAGCCAGAGGGAACGAGCAGAGUCGGCGAAAUUCGUCGUCCAGAACAAACUAGACGGUGAAGGAGCACAAGAACUGGCGCGAUCCAUUAAGGAUUUUCCUAGGAGGAGAGGGGAUAAAGGUUGGGAAUGUUUCGAUUACAAUAUCCCAUCUGAAUGUCUGUCUUUCACUUACUACAGACAGGCACAUGAAUACAGCGGACCCUCCGAGGAACGCAAUGCUGCGUUGAAGAAGGCGUUGGAUUUGGCAGUGACAGAGAAAGCGAGGAAGUUGAUUGAAGAUGAUUUAGAAGGGAAAUCGAAAACGGAGAAAGAAACCCAGAUUGAGGAAGCGGUUAAAGUUCCAGUUGUGAGGAUGAAAACUGGGGAAAUAGCAGAGGCAACAUCGGUGAUAGUAUUACCUGUCUGCAAGUCGGAGGAGAAAGAUAAGGAGGUGAAAGAAGCGCCAUGGGAGUGCGGCACAAAAGGGGAAUUCGGGAUUGUGGAGGCGGAGAAGGAAUGGAAGAGAUGGGUUGUAUUACCGGGGUGGUUGCCUUUGGUCGGAUUGAAGAGAGGUGGAGUUGCGAUAACGUUUCCUGACGCCAGAGCAUUGCCAUGGAAGGCGAACAGGUGGUACAAGGAAGAAGCAAUCAUUGUGGUUGUGGAUAGAGCGAGGAAGGAAGUGGAAACGGAUAAUGGGUUCUAUUUGGUGGUCAGAGAUGGGAAUGGCGGCGCCGGCGUCGGCGGAUUGAAGGUGGAGAGAGGUUCGGCGUUGAAGGAAUUGGGGAUUGAAGAGAGCUUGGGAACUGUUUUGUUGGUGAUCAGGCCACCUAGGGAAGAUGAUGAUGAUCAAUUGGAUGACGAAGAAUGGGAAUAAUGAAAUUUAAACAAUUUCUCAUUUCACAAUUUUCAAUGUAUUAUUAGAAAGAUUCACCAUUUUCUUCUACUUGUAAGUUUUCAGACAGUUUUCUUUGUCAAUAACAAGUACGAUUGAGGAGGAGGUUACUAUAA